UUCUGCUCAGAAUGUAUGCACAAAGAGGCGCCCGCAGCAUAUUGAGAGAUGUGAUGUAAUGUGAUAGGAAGCAGCUGCCUGCACCCAGUAUAAAGUCCACAGCGCCCCGGUACAUUGCCACGGACAAGACGGGAGCUCCCUGCUUAAGAUCAGCAAGAUGCUGGAUUUGACCACAAUUCUGUUUCUUUUUGGCAUCCUUCUUAUCAUAACUUUGCUAAUUGUACUUCAAAGUAAAAGACGCACCCUCGCCAAGAUUUAUUUUCAUGAGACUGUAAACCGAAUCAAAGAUUUAUUCAUGGCUCAGACAAAGGAACAACGAGUUUUGGAAUUUGUUCUCAAGAACGCAGUACGUGGGGACCCCCAAAGCGUUGUGGAUAAUGUCGACAAAUACUGCAGCCAGAAGGAGUGGGCCAUGAACGUAGGCGAUCAGAAGGGUCUGAUCCUAGAUGAAAUAGUGAAGGCGACUGAUCCAUCUGUCCUGCUGGAGCUAGGUACAUAUUGUGGAUAUUCUGCCAUCCGGAUAGCUCGUUUAUUAAAGCCUGGUGCCCGCUUCUACACUGUGGAGAUGAACCCAGCUUUUGCCGCUGUGGCCAAGCAGAUGAUUGAGUUUGCUGGCCUUCAGGACAAGGUGCAGAUAUUAGAAGGUGCCACAGGUGACAUUAUCCCUCAGCUGAAAAAGAAGUAUGAAGUGGACACCUUGGAUUUUGUGUUUGUUGAUCAUUGGAAAGAUAAAUACACAUCGGAUACAAAGCUUUUGGAAAGUUGUAGCCUGCUUAGAAAAGGCUCAGUCGUCCUUGCAGAUAACGUAAUUGUCCCCGGAGCUCCAGAUUUUCUUGAAUAUGUUCGGACCUGUGGCCGUUACGACUGCACUCAUUAUCCAUCAUAUUUGGAGUACAUGAAUGAAAAAGAUGCCUUAGAAAAGGCAGUGUUUAGGGGAUAAAUCGUGUUUUACUCUGCCAGUAGUUAGUGUUUUAACUGCCAGUAUUAAGAGCUCUAAGUAAUUACUUCUGUUACUACAGUGGAUAAAACUGAUCUUUUGUGUUUCUCCAUUAAUCAGUAAAUAUACUUGUUUUCCGCAUUGUUGACAUUUUCAUGAUGGUAAAAAAGAGAAUACCCAGAUCUUAAUGUACAUGUAUUUAUGUACAAAUGAUAAAUUCUAGCACAUUACAUUGCUACCCUCAGUCAGCAUGUAUAUUGCGUGGUGGACCUUGCAGAGUGCAUGGCACUGUAGCACAAAAGUUUGUGGGGGUUAGUAGACUGUCGUGUAUGAUGUGUUAAAUGUACACCAACGAAAAUCUUUUUUAAAAAUAUAAUGAUCUCUAAAAUGAAGCUUUUUGGCCAUCAAGGAAAAUUUUAUGUCUAGCACAUACCCAAGAGAGCACCAUCCCCAAGCAUGGUGAUGGCAGCAUCAUGUUGUGGGGAUGUUUUUUCAUCAGCAGGGACCAGGUGAAAGACCUGAAAGGUCAGGAUUGAAGGAAUGAUGGAUGGCGCUAAAUACAGGGAAAUUCUCUCAUCCAGAGAUUUGAGACUGGGAUGGAGAUCUCAAUCCAAUUGAGAAUGUGUGGUAUGACUUACUUUGUCUUAUUUCUUAUUUGUUUCACAAUAAAAAAUAUUUUGCGUCUUCAAA